CUUUGUAAAUAUUUACAAAAAGGAAAGGUUUGGGAGAAUAAGUGUAUUGGAAACCCUUGCAUUUUCCCGCCAUCUGUGAGAUAUCUCACUAUACACUCAGUGACUCAGUGAAUCGGCUAUUAUCACUAUCUCACUUACGGAGAAUUUGAAUUUUGCAGCAAACAACAAAGCAUGAUUUAUGUGUGAAAAUGUAAUUAUUAAGAUAUAUAAAAAUUAUUCCAAAUUUCAAAAUAUUGUUUUGUUAAUAAAAGAAAUUCAACUUCCAAGCUCUUUACUGGCAUGUGUACCUCUGAAAAGAAAAAAAUGGAAACAAAGUGAUCCCCCUGAAGCAUUAAUCACAACAAAAUUACACGAAAAUUGCAGACUCAGUUUGAUUGAGUCUGUACAUGAGGGAUAAUGAAUAAGUGCAACAUCCCUCACACCCCCUUGCACCGUCUUGAGCGGUACUCAAUUAUCCACACUUAAUACUGCUGGCAUCAAUGAUCACGAAGGGCCAGAAAAGUAUACCAACACUGACGUACAUUUUAGAACCAUCUUGCUCUUUUAUAGUUUUACUUUUCACCUCGAUUCUAAUUGCAAAGUUGUCUCAAUAUCAGGUUCUUUUUUUUAAGAACACAUCCGUCAAACAGUGGCUUAGUAAGGUUUUAUGAAUGUCCAUCCACAUUAAUACAAUGAUGGUCACUCCUUUGCCUCUGUUGAACAUGGUCAGGAUGUUUGUCCAAAAUAUUUCUCGGACGAGUCCUAAUAUGGAGCAUUUCAUUUCGUGAGAAAAAGUAGUUUACAGUGCCCUAAAUCUUAACUCUCUAGAAUUUACGUUUUCACCGCAAAUUUUAUGAAGAUUUGGCAGGAAAAUUGUUUUGAUUGGUUUUCUAGGUCUUAUUCCAUUAUUGGUCAUCUGAUUUAUGAAUGAAUAUUAUUUGUUAGAUUAAGUAACAAGAUUCUUGCAAGACAGACACAUUUUGAUACAUUUGUGAAACUUGAUUCUUGCAAUAUUCUGUAUGAAAUAUACAUUAUUUCUCCUACAGGAAAAUGUGAGAAGAAAACGAAUUAAGGAGCUAGUUAAAAAUAUAGCAGGCCAAAAAAAGAAGAAGAAACAGCUUAUGAUGGAAAAUCCAAAAAAGAAACAGCGAGGUACUGGUAGACAUGCCAUAUAUAAGUUGCACCUUGGAUGGCUUCAUGAAACUCGUGGGAAGUUAAGACAAGUUACCGCACGGAGAGGAGGCGGUACAAGAAUAUACGAAUUUAAAAAAGAAGAAGAGCAAACUGUUCAGACAGUUAUAAAUUAUGCAACUAGCAUUUUCUUUCCAGAUGGAAAAAAUGAUAUGGGAAAGAUAUCAGAUAUGGUAGUGAACCUGUCUACAUAUAACGGAGAAGUAAUCUCAAAAUUUGUCAUGCCAAAUGGGGAAGAAUGUAAUUUGCAAACAUACUUGAAGUCUAUCGGCGUGUUUUCCUCUCAGUACUUUUUAUAUUUGAGAACAUCUAAAAAAACAGGAGAUUGACGGUAGAGAGCCAGUUAGACAGCAUGUAGAUGAUAAAAGCAUUCCGGUUCCUUUAACAUCAUUGAUAGUAAAUGACCAAACACCUGGUGAAAUAUGUGUAAAGUACACUAAACUUUGCAAAUCAUCAUACACAGCAGAAUGUUCACAAAAAAUCUGUCAAACCAUUGAUGACUGCUUUCUUGACACAAUUGUAAGUGAUCCUGACAGAGAAAGAGAUGGGUAUAAUCCACUGGAAAAUAGUUUCAAAGUGACAGGCAUAACAGUCAACAAGAUCUCUAUUUUGAGCCAAGCAGAUCCGAGUUCUAACCACUUUGAAUAUCCAACAGCUACAUCAAAUGCAAAAGGAAUAAUUCAUUCACCUGACCAGAUUGUGGGUUUUGAGAAGCAAGAAAACAAGGAAAUCAUACUUGGAGUACUUUAUAAAGAACAUAAUUCUGGUGCAUAUUUUCAGUGGUAUAAAAACAACGAACUCUUUGCAAGUGGACCUGACCUUUGCUUAAUCCCCGUAACUGAUCCUGGUGAAUACUUGGUGAAGGUAUCAGAUGAAGAUACACUUUAUGAAUGUGCAGCUGUAAGGGUGGACUCUCAAGCUUUGCUGGCAGAAAAAAUAAAACUUUCAACAAACACUUGUCAUGCAACUCAGGAGAUUUUAACUGACCGAGUAAGACUUCAGUCCCUGGAUGACAGUACAGUUGAUACUGCUUAUGUAACUGAACCAUCAAUGGAGGACAGUACAGUUGAUACUGUUACUGUUACUGAACCAUCAGUAGAGGAGAGAACAGUUGCUACUGUUACUGAACCAUCAAUGGAGGACAAAACAGUUGACACUGUUACUGAACCAUCAAUGGAGGACAGUACAGUUGACACUGUUACUGAACCAUCAUGGGAGGACAGUACAGUUGACAGUGUUACUGAACCAUCAAUGGAGGACAAAACAGUUGAUAUUGUUACUGUUACUGAACGAUCAACUCCUAGUUAUGAUUCCAUUACAGACAAUGAAGUAAUAAAAAGUCAUGUCAUGAAUGAGAAUGUGAGUGAACAGACAAACUGUGACUAUUUCAAAGAACGUUCAAGUACAGCCAAGUAUAAUCCUAUACACGCGCUUAAUUUCUCAACAGAUGUAAAUGUGCCAGAAAUUCCUUAUGAUAGUUUAUGUAUGGGACCUAAAAUUGGGGAAGGCUCUUUUGGAACAGUACAUUUGGCACAUUAUCUUUUUACUCCAGUUUCAAUAAAAACUGUGAAAAUAAGGCGAAUUAAACUAGUCCAGAAAGCUCUUGAACGAGAAGUAAAAGUUCUCAGAAGAGUAAGGCAUCCACACAGUAUACUGUUUAUGGGGUAUUCGGUAUAUAAUAAUGCAUUGCACAUUGUGUCUGAGUACAUAAAAGAAUCAAUUUUAGAUGACCUACUGUUUGGUGAUCGAUGCCAACAAAUCCCCCUUCUAAAAAAAUGCCACAUUGCUGAAAAGAUAUCCCAGGCUGUUGCUUACUUGCACAACAGUUCUCCUAUUAUAUUACAUCGAGACUUAAAGCCAGAGAACAUCAUUGUAUCAGAAUCUUUAGAAGUAGUGAAAUUAUGUGACUUGGGGAUUUCAAAAUUGUUAACAAUAAAUAGUUCUGCUACCACCUAUGCACCAGGUAUGCAACCAGGUACCCUUAUCUUUCAAGCACCAGAAAUUUUGCUUGGUAAUAGACCUGCAUCAACAAAAUCUGAUGUUUGGGGAAUGGCAGGCACUCUUGCAGAAUUAUUCAGUGAAUGUCCAAUGUGGGGAUUACAAGAGGAAGAUGAAGAAGAAAAUGAAAGAUCAGCUGUUGAAACAAUUAAAGAAUUUAUGAGUCAAAAAGAAGUCCCACAUGCCAUUACAAAACUUGUACAAAUGGACUGUAUUUGUAGCAGAAUAGUAGACAUUGUAACCAAGGGGCUGAACUAUGAUCCCGAUAGCAGACCAGUAGCGACUGAAUUCCCAACAGAGUUUAGUAAAUAAACUAAGAUAUGAACGGGUGUAGCAAAUAAGUAAAAGUGAUAUAAUGGAACUGAAAUAUAAUUGUUUGAUAUAUAUUGAGAGUGACGUCAAAAGUUAAUUAAAUAAAACUUUUUAUACCCCCGAAACGAAGUUAGGGGGUAUAUAGGAAUCAACCGGUGGUCAGUCAGUCGGUUGGUUUGUUGGUUGGUUGGUCGGUCGGUCGGUCGGUCAAGCGGUCCGUUGCAUUUUCCUUGUCCGGAGCAUAACCUGAAGACUCAUGAUGGUUGGAAUUCCUUAUAACCUCAUACAAUGGUCAAGCGAAUUGAAAGGAAGUGCAGUACUCAAGAACCAUAACUCCAUUUUGUCUAAUUACAGAGUUAUUGCCCUUUGUUUCUUUUCCUUGUCUGGAGCAUAACUUGAAAACUACUGGUUGUAAUUCAAUACAAUUUCAUACAAUCGUCAAGCACAAUAAGAGGAAGUGCAGUACACAAGAAUCAUAACUCCAUUUUGACAAAUUACAGAGCUUUUUAGCUUUUGCCCUUUGAUAUCUUUCCUUGUCCGGAGCAUAACUUUAAAAGCACGGGUUCGAAUUCAAUACAACUUCAUACAAUGCCCUUUGUUACUUUUUGUCCAGUGCAUAACUUGAAAACUAUGGUUUGGAAUUCAAUACAACUCUAUACAAUGGUCAAGCACAAUGAAAGGAAGUGCAGUAUACAAUAAUUCAGUAUUUGUAGAGUUAUUGCCCUUUAUUCCUUUUCCUUGUCCGAUGCAUAACUUAAAAUUAAUGUUUAGAAUUUAAUGCAACUUCAUAAAAUGGUCAAGCGCAAUGAGAUGUGAGAUGAAGUGCAGUGCUCAAGAAGCGUAACUCUUUCUGAACUUAUUACAGGGUAAUUCAAUAACACUUCAUCAAUGUUAAACCACAUUGACUGGAACUGAAACAUACAAGAACCACAACUAUCUUUAAUUGCCCACAACCAUAACUCAAUUUCAAUUCUUUUAAAAAGGUAUUCUAUUACUAAUAACUCCAUCAUUUCCGAAGCAGUCUUGCGGGGGUAUUAAUCACAUUUAGUAAUAGUUCUUGUUUUGUAUUAGGCUGUUUUCAAAACUAUAAUUAUUUCUGUUUCUUUUAUAUAAGUAUUUUCAAUUUGUUUAAAUCUAAGUAAAACUUAUGACUGAUUUCAAAAUAUUUAAGUUUGUAUGCCGAAAAGAAAGUUGGUUUUAAGUUAACACUUGUUUAUUUUUUUACUUAAAGACUUAAAUAAUUGUCAAUAUAUUUCGUUAAAACCAUUUAAUUUUGUUUAUCAGAUUAUAUUUCAUAUAA